AUGAUUACGGCAAAGCAAAGGUCCCAAACUAUUCAAUUAGAUCAAGAACAUUUUGAUCAAUUCUACGACCAAUACGUCACAGAAUUGAACGAAUCCAGAAGAAGAGGAACCCAUAUUACUCAGUUCAAUGCUGUAGAAAACGAGGAAUCAUUAACCCCGAACGCAAGAUUUGUUUCCACUUUCAGGGAACCUUUGAUGAAUAAUAGAUACUACGCUAAUUAUUUGUAUCACAUGAAACAACAAAGGCACCCAUCCCUACGUAAAUAUGAAUCACGAAACCCUAAUAUAGUGACACCAGAGUUUCUUAAGGGCAAAGAGGAAAAACAGAAAAAUGAUCUAUUCAAUUUACAAAUGAAAGAGCAGAAUUUGCAAAGAUUGAAAAACUCCCAAAGAAUAAUUACUUCUUCAACAGCAAGGACUUACCCACAACAACAAAACAUUUACCCCAAAGUUUAUUACGAACACUCUAAGAAAAGAACUCCACCUACGGAACAAGAACAAUUUCAUAGAGGGAUGAACCCACCAUCACCAAAGUACCCAAUCGCUACACCACAGAAUCCCGAGAUUCUAGUGCAAUUGACAGAAAACCAAAAUAAAAUCGUGUCCAAGGAGACCUAUGAUCGUUUAGUUCAGGUGCAAUCAGAACAUGAUGCUUGGUUGAAAAGUUACAAUGCGGAAAACAUGGCAAAUUACAAUCAAAGGCAUCAAUGGUAUCAGAAACAGAUAGAUGUCUUGGAUGAGAAGAUUAGGUACUACCAAGAGAUGAGUAAUGUGUUGGAAGCUGAUUAUUUGCGUGUUUCCGAAAUUAAUAAAAAUAAGGCAUUGGUUAAGAGGUUCCAAAUUAAUAAAUUGAUCGGUGAGGAAAAGAUUCUUUUGAUGAAAAAUAGAAACUACUUGCAAACAGAAAUUAUUAAAUUGAAGGAACAGGAAGAAAGGGAGAAGGAAAAGGCCGAAGGGAAAGAAAUACAGCCACUAGGAACUGAGCAGGCAGGAAUUACAAAGGCAGAAUGUACAUCUUCCAUUUCAUCAACUUCUUCAGAAUCAUCACCUUCUUGUGCAUCAUGUCACUCUAAGGAACAACCCGGGACGGAACCAAUUGUUGAGAAAUCCACAAUCGAACCAGCCGAGGAAAAAAAUGUUACCGAACCAAUCGUCGAACCAACCAAAGGGAACGAUAAGGAACCGGCAAUUGAAAUGAAUGAAGAAUCCAACGUCGAGACCAAAAAAAAUGAUCGAUUAUUUGAAAUUUCCUCUAAUGAAAAUGAACAAGGGGAAAAUGACUCCAAAUAUGAAAUAUUGGAAGAGGAAGAAAUUAAAUACAUUUAG